AUGGAUACCAAUAUGGAAGAUGUUAGCAGAGCGCCGGAGCCAUCGCGGCUAUCCCCCGCAUCUGAACCAGCCCCAAUACCAACCCUCGACGGGUGGAUUGAGUGCCUGAUGCAAUGCAAACAGUUGGCCGAGGUGGACGUACAAAGGCUCUGCGAGAAGGCACGAGAGGUUCUGCAAGACGAGUCGAAUGUGCAGCCGGUGAAAUGUCCAGUAACCGUAUGCGGAGAUAUCCAUGGGCAGUUUCAUGAUUUGAUGGAGCUUUUCAGAAUUGGGGGGCCGAAUCCAGAUACCAACUAUCUCUUCAUGGGAGACUAUGUUGAUCGAGGAUACUAUUCAGUCGAAACAGUCACUCUGCUCGUCGCGCUCAAAAUCCGAUAUCCUCAACGCAUUACGAUCCUACGUGGCAACCAUGAGUCCCGCCAAAUCACCCAAGUCUACGGCUUCUACGACGAGUGCCUUCGGAAAUAUGGAAAUGCCAACGUAUGGAAAUACUUCACAGAUCUAUUCGAUUACCUUCCCCUUACCGCCUUGAUCGAUAACCAAAUAUUCUGCCUCCACGGAGGUCUCUCUCCCAGUAUUGACACGCUCGACAAUAUCCGAGCGCUUGAUCGCAUACAAGAAGUGCCACAUGAAGGUCCUAUGUGCGACUUGUUGUGGUCAGAUCCAGAUGAUAGAUGCGGAUGGGGGAUAUCGCCUCGAGGGGCUGGGUAUACAUUUGGUCAGGAUAUCUCAGAGGCGUUCAAUCAUAAUAACGGGUUGACUCUGGUUGCAAGAGCGCAUCAGUUGGUCAUGGAGGGUUAUAACUGGUCUCAAGACAGGAAUGUGGUUACGAUAUUCUCUGCUCCCAAUUACUGCUACAGAUGCGGCAAUCAAGCAGCCAUCAUGGAGAUCGAUGAGCAUUUGAAAUACACUUUCCUGCAAUUUGACCCCUGCCCAAGAGCAGGCGAACCGAUGGUUUCACGACGCACCCCUGACUACUUCCUAUAA